CUUACGUCUUUCAGCAUGGCGAACUUGGAGGAAGCAGCUUCUCCUCAGCAAUUUGAAGAGCUGCUGCAGAAGGCUGGCAAGUCUCUUGUAGUUGUCCAUUUCCUGGCACCAUGGGCUCCGCAGUGUACCCAAAUGAACGAUGUUAUGGCAGAACUAGCAAAGGAGAAUGCCCAGGUCACGUUCGUUAAGCUUGAAGCAGAAGCUGUGCCUGAGGUGUCUGAGAAAUAUGAAAUUAGUUCUGUUCCAACAUUUUUGUUCUUUAAGAAUAAUCAGAAGGUUGAUAGAUUAGAUGGUGCCAAUGCUCCGGAGCUGACAAAGAAGGUUCAUCGCCAUUCCAGCGCUGCAGUCCCCAUGGGAACGGGUGUAGCUGCUAAAGAGGAUCUAAACGGGAGGCUGAAGAAGCUGGUGAAUGCAGCACCCUGCAUGCUGUUCAUGAAGGGAUCCCCCCAGGAUCCCCGCUGUGGAUUCAGCAGACAGAUAGUGGAGCUCUUCAAGCAGCACACCAUUCAGUACAGCAGCUUUGACAUCCUGUCGGACGAGGAGGUUCGGCAGGGGCUGAAGACUUUCUCCAACUGGCCCACAUACCCGCAGGUGUACGUCAAUGGAGAACUGGUUGGGGGGUUGGAUAUUGUAAAGGAACUCGCAGAAUCAGGAGAACUGGAGAAUAACUGUCCAAAAGCAGUUACACUUGAAAACAGGCUAAAGUCACUGAUCAGUAAAAAAAACGUGAUGUUGUUUAUGAAAGGAAAUAAAGAGAUGGCUAAGUGUGGAUUCAGUCGGCAGAUAUUAGAAAUGUUGAACAGCACUGGUGUUGAAUAUGAUACUUUCGACAUACUGCAAGAUGAGGAAGUUAGAGAAGGUCUGAAAAAAUUUUCCAACUGGCCAACAUACCCUCAGCUUUAUGUGAAAGGUGAACUCAUUGGAGGACAUGACAUAGUGAAGGAACUUAAAGAAAGUGGUGAUCUAGAGUCAGUUUUGAAAGGAGAAAACUAAUCGUCAGUGACAUCACAGAAUGUACUGCAGGAGGUUCUAGAAUUUACUCCAUAGCCAAUAUCAUUGAAGUCUGGUUGGACAAGAGAUAUUUAAUUGCAUGUCACAUUUUCUUUUUCAAAAAGAUUAAUCGUGUGAAACCAACCAAUUUUAAGAUGGAUUUCUUUUUAAACCAUAACCGCAAUAAAAGUAAGAGGUUUUGUGUUUAAUGAGUGUUCGUUAUUUACCGUAACUGAGGUUAAAGGAUAAUUAAAUAAGGAAAAUGUCAGGUAUUUUCAAUAACAGUAUGUGUAUACACCCCAGUCAUAAACAGCGUUUGCCUUCCUGAUAGUUGUGUUGGGGGAAAAUGAAACGACUGUUUUUGAAUUCUGUUAAAGGUUCUCAUAAUUAUAUCUAAAAAUAAAUAAAUAAAAACGU